ACGUGUUCGCAUGCCGCUUGCCGUACUUACUUCCGCCGUUGUUGACACAUGACUUGUUGCUAAGUAGAAGCUUUGCCAUGGAUACCCUUACUUGUAAAUAUGAAGAAGAUAUUAAAUAUUGAAAAUAAAUGUUCAUAACUCAAAUGGAUACUUUAAAGAGGUCACCACGGAGCAGAUAGCAUCAAAGACGGCGCCAUUCGCCGACAGCUGCAGGUACGGGAUGACUGGUUGCACUUGAAGGAAUGAUGAUCAGGGGCCAACUACAAAGAUAUUCUGGAAGAAAACCAUCUCCAGAGUGCUCAGGACCUGAGACUUGGCCAAAGGUUCACCUUCCAAUAAUAGAGUGUGCUAAAGCACACAACUAAAAUAUCAAAGGAGUGACUGUGACUGUUCUUUGUUUGGACAAGUCAAAACCCUGAAUUAAACACAAUUGAACAUCACUGGAGAGACUUGAAAAUGAUUGUCCCCCAACAGUCACCAUCCAACUUGACAGAACUGGAGAGGAUCUGCAAGAAUGACAGAGGAUCCCAAAAUCCAGGCCAAAGAAGCUGAGCUCAAGACAACUGUGGUCCAGGGAUGUACAAAGACUACAGAGCGAGCGGAGUUACAACCCAGCCCGCAGAGCAGCUCGGAGCAGAGCGAAAGCAGUCGUCGAACAGCGUCUCCAUCCCGGGAUUUAUUGACAGCAGGAGCACGGACACAGGAAAAAAAGAGGGUGGGGGGAAAAGAAAUUGCAUCUCGGAGCCGCUUUGGACAAUGUUUCUGUUGCAGUAUACAGGACUCAAUGCCCUGCCCUUUGAUCCGGCCGCCAAUAACGAUCCCCUGCACUUCAACAGCUCCAGCGGCUCACCACCUGUGGAAAACACGUCUGAAAACAGUAAAAAGAGGAAGCGAACCAGCCUGCCUCCAGAGGGGAUUCAUAAUAUGACCAUGGAGUCCAACUCGAUAACGAUGCCCAUGUCAGACCCCAAUGCCUGGGCCACAGCCAUGAACAACCUGGGGAUGCCUCCCAUGGGCAUCACUGGACAGCCUCUCAUGCCAGAUUUUGACCCUAACCUUGGGAUGAUGGCUGGGAUCACCCCCAUCAACCCCUUGAUGCCCGGCCUCGGCAUGGUUCCCGCGCCCCUGUCACAUGAUGUGCCCGUCGUCAAGGAGAUUAUCCACUGCAAGAGCUGCACCCUCUUCCCCCCUAACCCCAAUCUCCCCCCUCCAGCAACCAGAGAGCGCCCACCAGGUUGUAAGACGGUGUUUGUCGGAGGCUUGCCCGAAAAUGCCAACGAACAGCUCAUCAUGGAAGUGUUCGGACAGUGUGGCGAUAUUACAGCCAUUCGCAAAAGCAAGAAGAACUUCUGCCAUAUUCGAUUUGCUGAGGAGUUUACAGUCGACAAAGCCCUCUUUCUGUCUGGUUAUCGCAUCCGACUGGGCUCCAGCACAGACAAAAAGGACACGGGGCGCCUCCACGUGGACUUUGCCCAGGCCCGAGACGACCUCUACGAGUGGGAGUGUCGCCAACGCAUGAUGGCCAGAGAGGAGCGGCACCGACGCAAGAUCGAGGAGGACCGCCUCCGGCCGCCCUCGCCUCCCCCCAUUGUGCACUUCUCGGAGCACGAGUGCAGUCAGCUGGGCGACAAGAUUAAAGAUGAUAGCAAGUUUGCCGAGGCGGUGCGCGUGCUCCUGACAUGGCUGGAACGUGGUGAAGUCAACCGCCGCAACGCCAACAACUUCUACUCCAUGAUCCAGUCUUCCAACAGUCAUAUCCGUCGCCUGAUGACGGAGAAGAGCCAGCACGAGAAGGAGAUGGAGGAGGCCAAGGACAAGUUCAAGACGGCCCUGUCCGGUAUACUGGCUCAGUUUGAGCAGAUUGUCUCUGUAUUCCAAGCCGCUUCCAAACAAAAGGCAUGGGACCAUUUCUCCAAAGCGCAGCGCAAGAACCUGGAUGUGUGGCGCAAACAAGCAGAGGAGAUUCGAAACAUUCACAACGAGCAGCUAAUGGGCAUCCGGCGAGAGGAGGAGAUGGAGAUGUCCGACGACGACAUGGAGGAGGCACCAAACAGCAAAGACUCCGAGGACUCAGGCGUGUUGCAAGCCGAGGCCUUGAAGGAAGAGAACGACUCAUUGCGCUGUCAGCUGGAUGCCUAUCGGAAUGAGGUGGAGCUGCUCAAGCAGGAGCAGGGCAAGAACCAGCCAAUCAGGAGCGAAGAGGACAAUACACACACUCAGCAGCUUAGCUUCCUGCAGCAGGCCCUGCAAGGCAUGCAGAAGCAACUCCUGAAGAUGCGUGAGGAGCUGAAGCAGCGGGAGUGCGAGUUGGAGAAGAGUCAUGAGGACAAACAGCAGCUCAAGCAUCAAGUCCAUACCCUGAAGGAAGGACUGCAAAACCUGCAGAAAACUCAGAUGGAACAAUCCAAACAAGAUGACCGAGGCGGAGAGGAGGCUGCUAAUCAAAACAAUGAGGGUACACAGGUGUCCUGUUGUCAGGAGAGGGAAGGUCCAACAGAGAGGAGGUCACUGAGUCCUGUCCAUUCAGAGAGAGAAGCCCUGCUUGUUGGCAUCAUCUCCACGUUCCUUCAUGUGCAUCCUUUUGGAGCCAGCAUCGAGUACAUCUGCUCCUACCUGCAACGCCUCGACACCAAGAUCAACCCGGCCGAGGUUGAGGCUCUCCUCUCCCGACUGCCCUGCACCUUCAGGCAGGAGCUGACGGGCGUGGGCGCCAGUCUGGAGAAACGAUGGAACUUCUGCGGAUUCCAGGGUAUCAAAAACACGUAAUGUUGUGCUUGUGGAGGGAGCACCACUAAAACCCUCCACGGCUGUCAAGACGGCAUCCCCACAGUUACAGGAAUGUUUACUUGACACGGCCAUGACUCUUCAAGAGUCCGGGCAGAGGAGUCACUGGAUUCGAACGUGUUUGCGGCCCACGUCGAUUGGGUAUCAAAGCUUUCUGAGCCUUUUUGGCGGGUACGACCAGGACUAAACAGGGCCUGUGACAUCUUCGGGGUCGAACUCUUCAAACCUCCAAAACCCUGCAGCCUCCAUCCCGCUUGUUCUUUUGUUUUUGUUUUUAUUUUUUUUGUCUUUCCUGGUUUGUAACAUUGAAUAUGAAAAAAAGAUAUCAUAUAUUUCUUCAUUUUCUGUAAAGACUGUGAAGAAUUGCAAAGAAUUGUUGUUAUAUGCUGUACAUGCUUGGAUUGUAUUUUUGAUUAUAAAAAGCGAACUUCAAUCCGA